UCCAUCCCUCUUCCCCACUCUAUAAAUAAAGAAAACCCUUUCAAACCACCCACCACCACCACCACAAAACCAGUGUGUAUUUCUCCUAUUUCAAGAUUCAAUAUUCUCAGCAAGAUGAGUUCAACAAGCAGAGCAUGGAUUGUUGCAGCCAGCAUGGGAGCUGUGGAGGCUCUGAAAGAUCAAGGUAUCUGCAGAUGGAACUAUACCCUAAGGUCAGCCGUCCAGCAUGCCAAGAACCAUGUCAGGAAUCUCUCUUCCCAAUCCUCAGCUGCAAUUUCAAAAGGACUGUGCAGGAAUCUCUCUUCCCAAUCCUCAGCUGCAAUUUCAAAAGGACUGUGCAGGGAUGACAAGUCUAAACAAUCAGAAGAGUCAUUGAGGAAAGUCAUGUACUUGAGCUGUUGGGGUCCAAACUGAGCCAUAAUUUAGAUCAGUUACUUAGAAGCUGGAAGCAAAAGUCCAUUGGGUGAAUCAUUUGACUCAUGAGUGGUCACUCAAAACAAGGUUCAAGGACAGAGCGAACACAC